GUGGUUUUGGAGCGCCGUAAGCCCGCAUCAGGUCGAUGUACGGCGUUCCUGGUUGACUGUUUACUGCUGGAGUUGACUUGCUUACUGGCUCUUUACUCCUAUGUUGCUGACACUGUCUACUUGCUGGCUGUUUAGGGCCGCGGUUGGUUGAUCUUUAGGCGCCUCCGUAAGAUUUUAGUUUAGCAAUACGCCUAAUCCAAAUUAAUCCCGCCCGAUUAUGCACCUCUUACGGCAGCAGACAAGGCCUCUGGUAACAACACAGAGAAAAGAACCCCCAAGCGGCUGAGGCCCAUCUAAAUAAGUCAACGCAACUCCGCAAUGACCGUUAGCCAUACAGUACCAGCCAUGCCGCAACAACAUAAAUAACGAAGAAUUACGCGCACGUUUGGGCUCGCGCAGCCUUAUGUGCAAAUGCUGAGAAACGUGGAAGCCAUGACAGCUCGGAACCGCAGCCGCGCCAGCCAGGCCCUGCAGUCACUUCUGUUUGCGCUAACCAGUGACAAUGAAACGCAGUUUAUGGCAGGUACGGAACUAUGGUAAAUUAUGGCAGCCGGAACACUUCCGCGCCUUCACGGCCUCCGCAACGCUAGCUCAAGGCUCUUCGACUGCCGGGUCGGCGCCCGCACCGGCACUCCGCCGGCAUCCAUACGUCGAUUUCCGCAGCUUUCCAGAGCCCGAGGGGCCGCACAGCACGCAGUGUUCGCUCGCAGCGACACUCGCCGCAGGCCCUGCGGGUGCAGGGGGAGGCAGCACGCCCAGCCACCCAGCUCAUUUAGGGAUGAGCAGCGGCGGGUGCGCCGCCGCUUCUGAAAGCGACUGCAAUGGCAAUUGAGAGGAAGACAUGCGGCAGAGGCGUGGGUCCAAUCCAGCUGGCACGGGCCUGGCGACAGACCGCCGCGCAAGACAGCAUGGCGUCAGUGCGGCGUCCAUUUCCCUACCUCUCGCAACGCUGCGGCACGGGAAUCACUUUUCCAGCCACCAUGAUAACCUCAACAGCAGCCGGGCUCACGGAGCUGUACGACCCUCACGCGCCCACGUGGGACGGUGCCAACUGCUGCGUCGUCUCAGAUCAUGACUGGGUGGUGGGGGAUUCUCAGAGUAGUAACCCUCACCGACGCAGCGGCCUUGUUGCAGCCGGGGGCGCAGGCGGAGGUGCAGGACGAGAGGACCUGACAGCGACCCUGCAGCUGCGGCCCGCCGCCUCUGGUGUUGCGGCGCUGCAGCGAGCUAGCCGGCCUUCGGGAAUUUGGAGGUCCACGGGUCCCUGGCUUCGGACGAGGAAAUCACGGAGCAAGACCAGAGUAGGGGGCUUUUACGGGCGAGGGGACCUUCGCGGUUGUGGGCGCCGCGGACCAGCUGGCUAUCAGCGUCUCUACAGCCACAGCGGGGCUACGGCUCGGUCGAGGCCGGUUAGUGACGCUAUUGCGUGUUCGUGGACCCACGGCUGUUGGUGAUUAGAGGCCACGUGAGCGUGCACCAGUAGAAUCCGCAUGCAGGAAGCGACCGAGUCGAACUGGGUUGGGGGGGGUUGUUCGUGCACCUGCAUGCGGUUGCCUGUCCGGCAUAGUAGGCAGCGGCAUGGCAGGCACACCUGCGGGCGGCCCAGGCCGGCGCAGUGCAUUGUUCUCCCCCAUUUCCAGUUAACACCCCUCUUUGGGCUUGGGGAUGGGUGCGUCGGAAUUAAGGCUAGCGGAGGCUGUAGGGGACGUGUUUGCAGACGAGCUAGGUGACGUAGGAAGUCAGGUCCUGACACCCUUGAAUGGUUGCGAGUUUUGUUUAGGGCUGCUGCAGUGCUGUGAGUAACUGUGCGUCUAGCCGGCACACGUGCUUGUAAGUUGUUAUAACUGGCGUUUCUUCGCGCCGUGCAUCCAGGGAGGGCAGGC